AUUCAUCAUCCCAGCGACUAGCUGGUUGUCGCCAAGAUUAGAAUAACACAGUGACAUUGGUCAGGAAAUAGCCCCACUAAAACAGCAAUCGACAGCUGCAUCUACAGUUGCGCAGCACCCGAUUUACGAAUGGCCACCAACAGUUCACAGCUAGCACCCGAUCGUGGCGGUAGUAUCCAGUCACCACUCUUCGCAUUAUAAUCUUAGAAGUCACAAAAGAUGGGUUUGCCGACGUUUUUAAACUUUAACAAAAACAUCCAGAAACACGCCAUGGCCGUGGGUAUAAUAUUGACGCUUUACACGAUCUUCACUCUGCUUAUCGGAGUGGCGUGGUUAAUUGAGAUCAAAGAGCAGGCCAGCCUGUACAAGUUAGAUUUUCGGGUGGACUUAACCGGCAUCCGAACAAUCAACCCGAGGAUGGCCGGCUUUUGGGAGAAGGAAGGCUUCCUCGUCAUGGGCAUUGGGUUCGCGAUCCUUGCAGUACUGUACUGGAUCACCUACCUCAUGCGUCAACGGUUACUCCUCGCAGUGUUUAUCGGACUUAUGGUCAUAACUGUCACGCUUAACAUCAUCGGGAUGGUAGCCGCGGGGCUGAAGCUGAAAUUCGUGUUAGCGUGCGUAGUGAUGUUCGGCCUCCCCGUCAACGUGUACAUGCUGGUGGUGGCGCUGCAAUUACAUAAAUCAAAAUUCAUAUUUACCACGCGACAACAAGGCUAAAGGAGUCUAAGAGUAUGUGUUUGUUUCCUCGUGAGGCGAUCGUUGUAGUACAGCAUACCCAACCAUAACCAUAAGCCAGCGUUGUCCAACUUGUGUUAUCCACAAUGAUCUUUGUGGCUUAUCAACGCACCCAUUAGCCGUUUUUCGUUUAACAUAAUCUUGUUUCUUGUUCAUUUAUUAAACGGUCAAAGUUCCGAAACUGACAUAGAUCGAACUAAUUGGAGAUUGUCAUUUAUCCAUUGCCAUUGAUUAGAAUAAAAAUAAAAAAUGAAUGAUUGUUGGAUGAGCGAUGACAGACAGCAAAUAAUCUGUUGUUUGGUUUCGAAUUUUUUGGUUCUAUUUUCAAUAAAAGCCUCAGAUCUAACGCCUCAUUCCGACGCCGCUGUUCGGAAACCAACAAUCGGGAGCCAUGUGAAGCCGGCAAGCACUCUCACAGUCUUGUGUGGAGGGGUGAGUCAGCUGCACAAAAUAUGCACACGAUCGGCAGCAUGGUGCAACCGUGUCUUGGUGGUAGUGAACAGAGCUCUGUCUUGCUCAGCGCAAGUAACACACGCGUCGUUAAAGCGUUAGACUGUGUGCGCAACAAAUGCAGUCUCCGGGGCAUUGGUUCACGUACAGUGGGAUUGGGUGAGUUGGUCGGGUGGUUAUAGUUUUUUCUUCUCAAUUAAACUCGCUGGUUGAUAAGUCCAGACGUAUUACGUACAAUUUAUAAUUCAGUUCAAUAAUGAUGUAAACCUGACAUGUGCUAAUGAAUGAGUCAUCAGACGCCAAGAAGCGUCCGAGCUCCAUUAAACAGAGUUGGAACAAAGUUGUACGUCUAGGAAUAGUUAUUUAUUGUGUUUUUUUCUCUUAUCGAUUGACUAACGACCCAGUUGCUUUGCUAUGCUAACACCGCUCCAACAGCGCUAAGAACCGUUUAAAGAGGGCGAGAGGGGCGACCAGAUUUAGCAUUAGAAGAAGCGCCACACGGAGAGAACAUAUCUCUACGGUUUAUGAAUGAAGCAAGGCGCAUGCAAGGGAAAUGCAUUUAAGAAACACGCUCAAAUAAGACAGCAAGGUGGUUGUGUGUAAUCGUGUGAGUGGCAAUGUACCAUCAUCUUUACAGGGUUUCUCACAUGCUCCCAAGACUGUAAGAGUAUUUCCCGAAAGCUCAUACUGUAUCACGACGCUUGAAAACGUUGACAUUAUUCGGUAAAAAAAGAAGGAAAUCCUGACCGUUACUCGGAUGUCCUCGGCAUUCUCGGGCAAACAAAAUGGAAAAGGGUCUCGCACUCUUCACAUAAGUUGAGCAACCCUGUAAUGUGGAGAAUUGAUGGUUCAAAGAGAAGUACAAAUAACAUACUCGUAGUGGUGAUGGCGACGUGUGUCUAAUGCCAUAUAGUGUAUGAUGGGGCACGAGGAACACUUUAGUAAAUAUUGUAUUGUUUUGAUGUAUUUUUGUUAGGCUCAUUUUUAGAGAAUUGUGCUUUUGUGUCAUUUUUGCCUCGCGAUAAUAUACG